AUGCAGUCUUCUUCAGGUUCUAGCAUUACAACACCACCUACAAGUAGUAGUAGUACCCACAUCGAGGAAAUGAGAAUGUUAGCAUACAAGUUGACACUCGCAUUUCAUGUCCAUUUAUCAAUUCAAUACAUAGAAAACUCACCUUUCUUCUCUCGCAUCAGCACCCUCAUCUUCUUCACCGAAUCAACACCGAGGCUUCAACGCGUAUCAAUGGUCCUCAUCACCGCACAGAAACGACGCAACCACGUGUCAGCAUCAAUAAUCUUCAUCCAACAACAACGUUGGCACAAUGAUUGGCAAUGCAUAGAGCGCAAGGAAACGAGUGAGUGGCAGAGAGUAUCGAUGUUGAGGAGAUUAGUGAAACAAAGGCUACAGCGGCGAGCGGCUAGCCACGAAGACAAACAAAUUCAGAGCAAGGUGAAGAGGUUGUGUCCGCCGCGAAAGGAGGAAGACGAAGGCCGAUUGAAGCGGCGGUGGAGGUGA